AUGAGUCCCUUCUUUGUGAUGUCUCUCCUCUGUGGCCUGACUUUCGGUCAAACAGCAUCACUUUGUGCUCCUUCUGAGUAUAUAAUCCAUGUGGAGAAAAGGGAAUGUGCCUACUGCCUGGCCAUCAACACCACCAUCUGCGCUGGAUUUUGCAUGACUCGGGACAGCAAUGGCAAGAAGCUGCUACUGAAAAGUGCUCUGUCCCAGAAUGUGUGCACAUAUAAAGAGAUGUUGUAUCAAACAGCGCUGAUUCCGGGCUGUCCUCAUCACACUGUCCCUUAUUAUUCCUACCCUGUGGCUGUGAGCUGCAAGUGUGGUAAAUGUAACACUGAUUAUAGUGACUGUGUUCAUGAGAAGGUUAGGACAAACUAUUGCACUAAACCACAGAAGCUCUGUAACAUGUAA